AUGGAAAACCCUCUGAUUGCUUUACUUGCUUCUCCUGGUGCAGAUUCCAGAGUACUAAGUCGAGGAUUCACUUCGAUAGCUCAACUUCUUUCACCGUUUUCUUCUGUGAAUAUCGAUAUUCGUGAUCCUUCCAAUGGUCAGUAUGUUUCCAACAAGAUUUCGCUCGAUAUCCGCGAUAUCAAGAGACAAGGGCAUUUGCUCUCCUUGUCAGUGUUGCCAUACGUUUUGCAUGAAGCUUUAGAGAAUAGAACUAACUUGGAUGAUGUAUUGAAGAGUUAUUUCAAAUGCCUACGAUAUUGGGCUGAACCUAGUGAUCAGGAAACUCUAAGAACUUACCUUGCAUGUAUUUUUGUGGUUUCGGGUUGUGAAGAAAAUCCUAUGGGCGAACUGAGCAAAUUAAUUCAGAAUCAGCACACAGAACAGCAUUCUAAUUCUGAAGCUAAAUCGCUGAGCCCUUCGCAUUGUAGCAGACCUAAAUGGACUAUUCCCAAUACAUUAAAGCAUUACGUGUUACUUCACGAUUGUGCACGUGAUGAUGAAAGCAGAACUAAUGAUAUAUAUAAUCAAAUGUGCGCAACAUAUGGCGUUCAGUCGUGUCAACUUUUAAAAAUCGGCUCUGGAUCUAGUGAUGGUCUGCCUGAUGCAUGGCAGAUUUAUGAUGAAAUGAAUUCUAUUCUGGAAAGAGGUUUAGCAUUAGCGCUUGAAAAUGCGCGGAAUGCCAAUAUAAGUGAUAAAAGAGAUACACCGCCUACUGUUGUGUCCACUAUAUCACCGUCCUAUGCAAUGGUUCAAUCUCCAUCCAUAUCUUCUCAGUCUUCGCCAACAAGUGAAUCAAGUUUUCAAACUAACAUAAGCACAAGGCUCAGCUCUUUGAGUGAUCGAGAAUCGUGUACUAAGUUGAUACAGUCAUUUACUAAGGAGUGUUUGGUUCCUCAUGUUGAACGGCAAAUGCGAACGUUAUUAGAUCAGUUAACGGAUAGGAAAACUAUAGGGAAAUCGCUAACAAUAGGAAUGAAAAAAUGGUUCGGAGGAAGCGCAGCUCAGAACAAUGCCUCGCAGAAUCAAGUAUAUGGGCCCGAAAGCCCCGAAAUGAAGUGCAGAAGAUUGGCAGAUUUAGCUUUCCAAUUUGGCUUAUACUCUUUGGCUCAUUCACAUUAUAGAUCUUUGAAAAAAGAUUUUGAAGGAGAACAGGCUUGGCUCUAUCAAGCAGUAGCCAUGGAAAUGGCAGCUGUUGCUUUACAUCUGAGUAAUCCGGGCAUAACAGGGAAACAGUUCCCAAAUCAUUAUCUGGAUAACAGCCUUACUGCGCUGCUGAAUAACUCAGGAAAGUACACUGCUGUUAUGAGAUGUGCGGUUAACACUGCUAGCAUCUAUUCCGAUCUCGGAAUGUAUAAAGAGGCCGCACUCCUUUUUGCAAGAAUUACUACUCUGGAUAAUGACCAAUGUGUUGGUGUGGGACAAGCUAUGGCAGCCAGUUAUUUCCGCCGCGGGAUUCAGUUGAGGAAGAGUUCAUUUUAUUAUGUACUGGCUGGAAAUCGUUUCUGCAACGGAACAGUUCAGAACAUCGGAAUGGAAUGUUACAAGAAAGCCCUUCCUGAAUAUUUCGAAAAAAAUUGGGAAGGUGUGGAAGAUCACUUGUGUUCAUUGCUUGCUAGAGGAGUUAGAGGACCUGAACUCUUGCAAAGCUGUGCAUCUCGGCUAUUAAGAGGAAGCGACUGGCAGUCCGAAAAAAGACAAAGAGAGUUUCUCAAUCUCUAUGUUGACACGAUUGCUCAAACAGGCUUGGAUGAGCUCUCAUCUUCACCUUUACCUGUUCUAUAUUCAAAUGAUAUACAAGUUAUUUGUGGAGAAAGACCCUUGUCUGAAGAGUUACCAUCUCGAACAGACCUUGAUUGGAUCACUCUUGAAAGAGCAGCAUUCUAUAAUGUCGCAGGGAACACCACGGCUUUCCGGUUCAACCAGCUUGUUAGCGACAAUAGCACAGAAAACACAAAAAUUUUGGAUACACCACCGGGUGAAAGAUACCGUGUGAUAGUACAGCUAAAAAAUCCUCUUGUUAUCGAAUUGACGAUACACAACGUUCGUCUUUCCGCAAAAGUGUUGAAAUUCAAGAAUAAUGCUACUGAAGAGCAUAUUUUCUCGCAGCAUACUCUGCCCUCUCUGGUGUUUCAACCCGAAGAGGUCAAAAAAGUUGAACUUUGGAUAACUCCUCAUGAGAAUACAGUAACGUUCUCGAUUGACUCAAUUCUUUUUGAUAUUCAUAACGAGCAAGAAGUCGUUAUACCAGGCGUAAUAACCCUGUCAUCCAAAGGGAAACGUCUUAAUAAGUCAGCGAAGCAGAUGAAGGAAGUGGUUUACACCGCAGAUGAGAGAUUGAAGGCUAACGUCACUUCGGAACAAUGGCCUCUCCUGAAUUUUAAAGUUGCUCUAUCGCAGCAAGACGUUGUCUACACCUCUCAAAACGUGAAGCUCACUAUCGACAUCGAGAAUAUUUGUGAUCAAACUAUAACUCAUAUGACGUUGGUAACUGAUGGAGUAGAUUGCGUAGAUCUUCAACUUGAAGACUCUCUCGGUCAAAGAUUGAACACAUCUUCUAAAAUCGAGCCUACGAAUCCACCAGUUCGUGUGUUCACUCUUGAAACUACUUUGGAACAAAAUGAUCGUGUCAAAACAGUUUUGAACCUUCGUGCAAACGAAAGCAACCGACCAGUUGCUGUUCUCGUUCUCUAUAAAGGAAGUCUCGGAACUUUACGACAUUGGCGAACUGUUAUUCCAUUCACAUCAACACCGAUAUUGGAUAUCAAAAGCCAUGUGUUAGAUGUUUCACGUGGUUUAGUUAGUCUACAUUGUUCAAAUCGGAUAGCAAACUCUGACGCAGCAAUGGCGAAAAUUGAUAUCAUUCGUGUCAAGUCUAUCUAUCAAAAUUUGUCAAAAAAAGGUGUCUGGCAAGAUGUACCAUCGCUUCUCGAACUGGUCCCUGUUUCAAGACAUCCAGUGCAGUUAGACGGUGAACAAUCACAAAACAUAUGCUUUUUCAUGAGCAAGAGUUUGAAUGAUAACGCUAAUAUGGAAUUCUGGCUUGCUGAUAAGAUUCACGUACCUCAAUGGCCUGCUCCCCAAAUUACUCCAAAGGACGAUGAAGUUAUAUUCGAAAAACGUCAUCUAGCAAUUUUUUGGAAAGCGAGUGUUGUAGCAAAUGAUGGACACGUUUCUAUAUUGUGCGGCGAACUUUUCAUACCUUGUCCUUUUAUGGAGAUUAAUGCUCCUAUACCAGGAUCUGUGUGGUCAGAAAAUAGCAAGGAGUUAAACUCUAACGGGAAAGCACCUCUCUUGGCUCUAUGCGAGCAAAUUACACCUGUUGAGCACUCUUUCGAAACAUCACGAUUGUGUUACCUGUCUUUUGUGGUCGAAGUUAUCAAUCAAGAUACUGAUCAGCGUGAUAUCGACGUAUCUCUGCGCUUCCGGCAAAAAGUUUCCGAAGCUGUAUUUUCAUUGGAUCAAGUUGCUCCUGAUUCACGUUUAUUAUGGUGGCCAGACAAAGCAGUUUCUCAUGCCCGGAUAGUUGGUGGCGGUCAGUACAAAUUCAAGCUUCAAAUAAGGGUCUCGCAACCUUCUAUUUAUGAGUUAGGAGGGAAACAAAUGGUUAUCGAAGGAUGCUAUCCUAACACCAACGAGCGUUUUUUCGUAGAUGUUCCUUCGACUCUUGCCAUAGUUCAUUCACUUUCUUAA